UUUAUGCAUUAAUAUCCAAAAGACUCAAAAUUAUUAAACUUAAACAAUCACAAUACUGAGUUUGUUUUUAAAUCCAAAGACAAAGAGGAACCCUUUGUAUUUUAUUGGUUAAUAUAAUUAAAUAGAGCUAUACAGCUAAAUGUAGUGGAACCAAUCAACAAUUUGCUGCCUAAGCCAAAUUUAAAUAUAUCACUCCUAGAUUUAGUUUAAUUAAUACUUUUGCUAAUGAUUCAACAUACAGUAUUUUUACCAGUUACAAACUUGAUGAAACUAUUAAAUUAUUUGUUAAAUCUCCUAAUGUUGUUGAUAUUCUCCAAUAAUUUAAUGCAGGAUUCAAAUUAACACUUGAAAAAUAAUAUUAAUUUUAUUGUGAAUACAACAAAACACAAAAGACAUCUGAUUUUAAUUUCUUUGCUAGAAAAAAAUAUUUAUGGGGUGAUUGGUAAAUGAAAACAAUUCUUGAAAUGUGUUUCAAAAAUAAGUAAUUAUAAUUUACAUAAUUUUGUCAAUUUGCAGAAAACAAAGAUAGAAAAAUCAAAUUUUGUUAGUAAUCAUAUAUAUAUUUUUAUUUUAUUAGUUAAUAAAAUGAAUCAAGUAUGAUGAUAUAAUCACCAUUUAAAGAAAAUACUUAAUUGGCAUUUAAAAUCAAUAGAACUUAUAAAUUAAAUAAAUACACUACAUCCUUAAAUUUUGGAUUAAGACAUAAGAUUGAUCGAAAACUAUUUUUAAUAACUAAAGUAUUAUAUUGUCUUUAUAAUUAGUUUAAUUAAAAUGGAUUUGGAAUUAUUGGAAUUGCAGGAAAGUAUAAUAGAAUGAAAUACUAAGUUUCAAAUAAGUUAUAAUUUUCAUAAAACACUGAUCAACUAUUUCCAUUGCAAUUCAAAUUUGAAGUCGAAGUUUGA